GCCCAGAAGUGGGACCGGAGAGCACAGAGUUCAGGGACUCGGCGAUUAAUGUGUCACUCCGCGUCUCCCCAAAAAAAGUCUUUGGGUACGACUCAGAAACCCAACUGACUCCCAGGCCACCAGAGGCCUUGAGAUGAGAACCUCACAACUGCGCAACUGGAGAAAGUCUUUAAAAUCUCUUGGCGACUCAAAAAAUAGGCAUUUUCACGCCUCACCACCGCAACUCCUUACUCAUUUUGAAAUCGAGAGGAGGAAGAAGGCGGCAAGACUCGGGCUUCAAAAUAUGGCAACCCCGCCUGUAGAGAAAAUAAACUACAAAGAGUGGUCUCACGAAAAUCUCAUAAAACGAGUGACAGAGCUGGAGCACAACCUAAAACUCAAGAAUGCACACUAUCCCGUCGCGACACCAGCAAAGAGCUACAAGAAAGUGCGCACAGAAAAGGCCUUCGACCCCUCUAGAUACUCUACCCGCCUCAUCGCGCUGAAAUUGGCAUAUCUGGGAAAGGCCUACAACGGCUUCGAGCACCAUUUAAACAACAAGACGCGGUUGCCAACUGUCGAGGAGAAGAUAUGGGAGGCGCUCGUUAAAGCACGGUUCAUAUUCCCCAAGGGCUCAUCUCUGGGUCAGCACGAUGGCAGCGGCGAAAUAAACUGGGAUGGAUGCGACUAUUCGAAGUGCGGGCGUACCGACAAGGGCGUCAGUGCAUUUGGGCAGGUCAUCGGCCUGAGAGUCAGGAGUAAUAGGCCUCUACCAAAGCACACGGCCGAGGGACCUAAGGAUGAGACGGAUGAUUUUCGCCACACAAAGCCCCGCGAUGGGGCAGUUGAGAUGGCUUCGCCUGCUCUUCGUCCUAGCAUUGAAGUGGCAAGGUCACAGAUCACGCCUGAAUUAAGCAUCGAUGAUCCGGAAUUCGAGGAAGCUCUCAACUUCGAUCCGAUUGCGGAUGAGCUACCAUAUUGCCACCUAUUAAACCGACUUCUUCCUCCAGAUAUCCGAAUCUUGGCAUGGUGCCCGGCGCCGCCUCUCGGGUUCUCAGCCAGGUUCAGCUGCAAAGAGAGGCAGUAUAAGUACUUCUUCACGCAACCCGCGUUCGCACCGACGCCAGAGAAUCCAAGCAUCAAAAGUACGAAUAAGAACACCAAUGUCAAGGAUGGAUGGCUCGAUAUCGAGGCUAUGCGUGAAGCGGCUAGUUACUUCGUUGGGCCUCAUGAUUUCAGGAACUUCUGCAAGAUCGAUGGCAGCAAACAGAUAGAGAAUUUCGAGCGGACGAUGUUUUUCGCUGAUAUCUUGGAAGUGGACGAUACAACCCCGACAUUGGACUUUGUAGGGAAGAAGGAAUUUCUUCCAGCGACCUCUAUCACUAGACCAAACGAGCAGAUAUCUCCGAAGGUAUAUACCUUCACUCUCCACGGUUCGGCAUUCCUAUGGCAUCAAGUCCGCUGCAUGGUGGCUAUUCUCUUCCUAGUUGGCCAGGGCCUGGAGAAACCAACUAUCAUAAAGGAGCUCCUUGACGUUGAGAAAACUCCCUCCCGGCCAGCUUAUGAAAUGGCACAGGAUUCACCACUCGUCCUUUGGGACUGCGUCUUUCCUCAUGAAGAUGAUCCCAGUCGAGAGAAUGCCAUCCAAUGGCUCCAUGUCGGUGACGAGCCCGGCCGCGGCGACACGAAAUGGGGCACAACUGGUCUAAUGGAAGAUCUCUGGAAGGUCUGGCGCGAGAGAAAGAUUGAUGAGGUACUUGCAAGUAACCUCCUGGGUGCAGUCGCAAGGCAAGGAGGUGCCAUUGAAGGUAUGACAAGCGAUCACUGGGCCAAGGUUGUCAGGAGCCAGAAGGUCUAUGACGGGAACAACAAGCCGAAAUUGACCGGACAAUACACUCCAGUCAUGAAGAAGCCGCUGAUGGAGACGCCCAAGGUGAUCAACGAGAAGUACGCCGUACGGAAAGGCUUCGAGGAUUCCGCGGACCUGAAGAAGCAGGGCUUUAGGAGGAUGAACAAUCCUACUGACAACGGAGACGAGUAGAACAUUUAACAAUACAUAUAUUCAUCAUUAGACUCGGUCCCUUCCAUCUGUGCCAUCCCAACAUUAAACAUCCUAUGCCUUCCCAUUCGCAGCUUUAUCUACAGCUUUCGCUCGACCAUAUAAACACUGCCUCCCUCCCCUCCACACCUCCUCCACAACCCUCCGCCUAGGUAACGUUUUGGGAAAGACAACCACCACCUCCUUUUCCCCCUCUACAACCACAACCAAGUAGUACCUGACCUCAAACCCACGAAAUGCCUCGUUAAUGAGCAGAUCCUGAAUCUUCUGGGUGGGGAUAAACUGCGUCGAUGCGCCAGUCAGGUACGUCGACGAGCUCGAGCAAGUCUGAAUCCCAAGACCACGCAGGACCAGUAAGGACUCCUGGGAGUGGAUGCGCAGGAUGGACACAUAGGCGAAUGCAGCUGCUAGCGGGAGCAGGAUGAAAAGAGGAACGAGAGAUGCCACGUGCGUAGCCACAAGGCCGAGUUGCGAAGCAUGGAGGAGUGCGAGGGAGUGCCAGAGGUAGUCUAGGCUGAGGACUUCAGGCGUUGGGGAAUAUGGUAGUAUCGAUGGCGCGGAGGGGUAGAGCUGCCAUUUGCAGAAUAGGAGGAGGGCGAUGCUCAGGAGGAGGAGCACGCGGAUGGUUGUUAAGAUGCCGAGCAGAAGGCGGAACGAGAGCGUGGAGGGUGGGCGCGUGGAGACGAUAUAUUCAACCGUCGUUGGAGAGGGCCUCCGCACGCGGAGGGUGGGUGCGACAGUUAACAUUUGGCAAUGGCUGUCUGCAUCUUUGGUUGUGCCGUGAAGGGGAAGCUCUUGGUGCUGGGGUAGCUGAAGCACAUGGAUAUUUACAAACACUCGAGGCUUAUCGAUAAGGGAAUAUGUGGUGGAUGGUGGAGUUGGCGGAUGGCAACAGAUCAGAACGUACGCUACAUAAGUCACAGUCACAGUAUUUGAGUCUAAUAUCUCUUGAAUGAAC